GCGACCGCGGUGGAUCAAAAUUCAUGUUCAAACAAAAGCGCGAAACGCCUUCCCCUCCGCCUUCAGUCCGAGCGGACAGCGGCUCCGCGCACACACACACAUACAUUCACAAACACACACACUCGUGCGCACGCACUGAGCGAGGGGGACGCGUGUGUGAGAGCAAGAGGCUGUGAAUAAUCCUCAUUCCUUCUGCGACCCGUUCGGCUCUUGGAUGAUCCAUAAUAACCUCUCAUAAUAAUCUAUACUAAUUGUUAAUAAUCAAUAAUCAUCCGGAUCAACAUGUCCCGCAGAAAGCAGAGCAACCCCCGGCAAAUCAAGCGUCCACUAGAUGGAGGUCUGGAGGAGGAAGAGGAGGAGUGCAUAACAGACGCAAAUGAGCUCACUGCUAAAGAGGAGUUUUCAGUGGAGGAAAACUUUCCUGCUGACUUUGAGCCAGACAACCUCACCUGUGAGGACAUGGAGUACUUCUGCAGCAAAGGGGAAGAGAAUGGCAACAGAGAAACAGGAGAGACAGAGAUGGAAACAGACAGUGAGAAGACCAGACACCCCCCUCUGGAGCCAGAGGAAUGGGACGGUCCACGAGAGCUGGACCUGUUCAACAAAGAUGGAGAGCGACGGAUUCACAGCCGCCAGCAGCUUCCUGUUGGAACCACAUGGGGGCCUUUCGAGGGAAAAAUUGAGCUAAACACAGAUGCUCAGAAGACGAAGCCUCACGUCCCGCUGGUGCUGAACGCAGGCCCCCGGUGGCUGCUGGAUGUCACUUGGCAGGGAGCAGACGACAACAAGAACAACUGUGUGGUUUACAGCAAAGGUAAGAGGAUGCUUUAUCUGCCCCGUACCAAACACGCCAGCACUGCACACUUCUGCUGUCUGCAUCUCUUUUCUUUCUUUCCUUUUGACCCGAGUGUGUGUACAGCUAAUCCUUCGAGAUGUUUGGUGUGGCUUUGGUUCCCAUGUCUCUUACAUCUAUUAGCGGUGUGAUUUGUAAUGUAAGGUUGUGAGGUCACAGGUCAUAGUGGUGUUGCUAUGACAAAUGUCAUUCGCUGACAUUUGCUUUGUUGACAUUAUUUUCCGUGUUUCCAAAUGCAUUUCAACAGCGGAUGGCCCAAAGGCGUCAGUGAUUCACGCGUUUCUUCAAGCAUCAAGCUGCGCACAUGUAGCAAAUCCUCUGGACUUCAAACACAACAUUAAGAUCUAAUAACCCAUCCAUGCUGUCUAAACUUCACACAAUAUGAGUGAGAAGACACAGUUGCAACUCUUAGUAUUCCACCAGAAUACUAUAAUUUCAACAGUUAUUAUUACUGUAAAAUCUGAAUAAAUUCCAAGCCAGGCUCAUUGGAAUACAUGCCUGUGGUGACGUUUCUGCAAAAUGGUAUUACAUUGCUUCUUGCAUGUUUCGCAUCAAUUUCAAAAUGAAAUAUCCAGCGAGUGGCACUAAAAAAAAGUGUUCGAUUUUAAUUAAAACAGGUGUUU